CUCUGCGCUGCGCCGGGGGACCCAGCCUGCCGCAGCCGGGCGCCGCUCCCGCUGGCCCGCCCGGCGCGGCCUCCCCGCGGCAGCUGGAGGGUUGACUGUGAGCCAGGCAUUGUUGGCUUUUGCUCUGUGUGCUGGCUUCUGAACAAAGGUGCUGCUGAAAGGGUUGGCGGUGCUCUCACUCAGUCUGCAUCGGAUAUAACACAGCUCUUCUUAGACUGUUGCAUACGCAUGUUGAGGAUGCAAAGAGACGGUGCCAUCAUGUGAAUGCAAAAUUGCUAAAUGAGAAACAGGACACCUGGGAAGGCUGAGCUGAAAGUGCUUGUGCACAGGAUGACAGACUGAUUUGCUGUUGAAGACAACACUCAGGAAACCCCCCUCCUCCAAAAGACUUUCUGAGUGAGAGAAGAGGAACAGGAGGAAGCACACAAAAGAGCAAUGGGAAUUGAGGGCCAUGGUUACUUGAGAUAAAUGGCACAUCCCUGGGAGUCUAGCCUGGUAGCUGUUUGCUUUUGCUUUGUCUCUCUCUGCAGCUGCUGUUACUUUUUUGAAAGCUGCUGCUGGGUACUGCCGUGGUGGCACUGGAGAUUUGAGGAGCGACGUGGCUGCAGGGUGUGAGGAGGGUGGGCAGCCCGCCUCACCAUGAUUCAAUUGUGGAAAGUAGUGCGGCAUGUGCGACAGCUGGAGCUCCACAGGUUGAUCCUGCUGCUCAUUGCCUUCAGCCUGAUCUCCAUGUGCAUCCUGGCUUACUACGUCACGAACAGUCCCAAAAUCAAGGAGCCACCACCCCUGCCCUUCAGUGACUGCAGCAACCAGCACCGCAUCUCAAUCCCACCGCAAGCCAGCUGGAGGCUUACAAAAUCUGUGGACACCUCACGCACGGAUCCUGUGGUGCUGGUCUUUGUAGAAAGCAUCUACUCCCAGCUGGGGCAGGAAAUAGUGGCUAUCCUGGAAUCUAGCCGGUUUAAAUACAGGACAGAGAUCGCCCCUGGUAAAGGGGAUAUGCCAACAUUGACAGACAAAGAUAGGGGACGCUAUGCUCUUAUUAUCUAUGAGAAUAUCCUCAAAUAUGUGAAUCUAGACGCUUGGAACCGAGAGCUGCUGGACAAAUACUGUGUAGAGUACGGAGUGGGGAUUAUAGGCUUUUUCAAAGCCAACGAGAACAGCCUACUCAGUGCACAGCUCAAGGGUUUCCCCCUGUUCCUACAUUCCAACUUGGGGCUGCGGGACUAUCACAUCAAUCCCAGUGCUCCUCUGCUCUAUGUUACACGGGCUAAUGAGGUGGAGCAGGGUCCCCUGCCUGGUGAUGACUGGACUGUAUUCCAGUCAAACCACAGCACCUAUGAACCUGUGCUGUUGGCCAGCACGAAGUCCUCAGAGUCCAUUCCUCACCUGGCCACCCACAAAGCAUUGCAUGCCACAGUGGUGCAGGAUCUGGGUCUGCAUGACGGGAUCCAGCGGGUUCUCUUUGGCAAUAACCUCAACUUCUGGCUGCACAAACUGAUUUUCGUGGAUGCCAUUGCCUACCUGACUGGCAAGCGCCUGUGUCUCACGCUUGAUCGCUAUAUCCUGGUGGACAUAGAUGAUAUAUUUGUGGGAAAAGAGGGCACUCGCAUGAAAGUGUCUGACGUAGAGGCUUUACUGAGCACCCAGAAUAAGCUGAGAACUUUAGUCCCAAAUUUCACCUUCAACCUGGGCUUCUCAGGGAAAUUCUACCAUACAGGUACAGAUGAGGAAGAUGAAGGUGACGACAUGCUACUCAAGCAUAGGAAGGAGUUCUGGUGGUUCCCUCAUAUGUGGAGUCACAUGCAGCCUCAUCUUUUCCACAAUGUCACUGUGCUGGCUGAGCAGAUGAAGCUCAACAAACAGUUUGCUGUGGAGCAUGGGAUCCCCACAGACUUAGGCUAUGCUGUAGCCCCCCAUCAUUCUGGGGUUUAUCCUGUCCACACACAACUCUAUGAGGCAUGGAAAUCUGUUUGGAGCAUCCAAGUAACAAGCACAGAGGAAUACCCACAUCUGCGACCUGCCCGGUACCGACAUGGAUUCAUCCAUAAUGGAAUCAUGGUUCUGCCUCGACAGACCUGUGGCCUUUUUACUCACACUAUCUUCUACAAUGAAUAUCCUGGUGGCUCAAAGGAAUUGGACAAGAGCAUUCGUGGUGGUGAACUCUUCCUGACAGUGCUCCUGAACCCAAUCAGCAUCUUCAUGACCCACCUGUCUAACUAUGGGAAUGACCGCCUGGGACUGUACACUUUUGAGAGCCUGGUCAAGUUUGUGCAGUGCUGGACCAACCUUCGCCUGCAGACACUGCCCCCAGUCCAGCUUGCAAAGAAGUACUUUGAAAUCUUUCCUCAGGAGAAGAAUCCCUUGUGGCAGAAUCCCUGUGAUGAUAAGAGGCACAAGGAUAUCUGGUCCAAAGAGAAAACAUGUGAUCGACUCCCCAAGUUCCUCAUUGUGGGACCUCAGAAAACUGGCACAACAGCUGUGCAUUUCUUCUUGACCAUGCAUCCAGCUGUCACCAGUAACUUCCCAAGUCCAUCCACUUUUGAGGAGAUCCAGUUUUUUAAUGGACCCAACUAUCAUAAAGGAAUUGAUUGGUACAUGGAAUUCUUUCCAAUCCCCUCCAAUGCCAGCACAGACUUCAUGUUUGAGAAGAGUGCCAAUUAUUUUGACACAGAGGUAGUACCAAAACGUGGUGCAGCCCUGCUUCCUCGAGCCAAAAUCAUUAGUGUUCUGAUCAACCCUGCAGACCGAGCCUACUCAUGGUAUCAGCACCAGCGAGCUCACAAUGACCCUGUGGCACUCAAUUACACCUUUUACCAAGUGAUCUCUGCAAAAUCCCAGGCCCCUCAGGAGCUGCGCAACCUGCAAAGCCGAUGCCUGCUCCCUGGCUGGUAUUCCACUCACCUGGAGCGCUGGCUAACGUACUUCCCUUCUGGGCAGAUUCUCAUUGUGGAUGGUCAGGAGCUGAGACACAACCCUGCCUCCGUAAUGGACAACAUCCAGAAGUUCUUGGGAGUUACACCACUCUUCAACUACACUCAGGCCCUGAGAUUUGAUGAAGCAAAAGGAUUUUGGUGCCAGCUGUUAGAUGGAGGAAAGACAAAAUGCCUGGGAAAGAGUAAAGGAAGAAAAUACCCUGACAUGGAUUCCUCGUCACGGCUGUUCCUAAGAGACUUCUACCGGGAGCACAACAUUGAAUUAUCCAAGCUGAUGAGCAGACUUGGACAGCCCCUUCCAACCUGGCUCCGAGAGGAACUGCAGAACUCCAGCUGGAGUUGAGAGGGACUUCCCUGUUCCCAGUGCCACUGGGAUGUGUGGUGCUCCAACAUGUGCUAUGAUGCCAUCUCUCGUCAAGCCAAAACAAGUGGACAAAUGAGCAGUAGCAGAGAAUGUGCAUGUGGAGCCUUUCCCCACCACUGGGAAGGGCUGCUGCUUCUGACACUGUCCUAGGGCAUGGAGUGCAAAUCUCAUUCUGGAGUAUUAAUGGUGUGUCACACUUUGACUCUUACUUGCAGGAAGGAUUUGUAAUGCCUGUCCUACUUUGAGCAGGAGCAAGAGCACGGUUAACACUUUAUGUUUAAAUUACUCUUCUCAGUAUAUGAAACAGGCACUAGUUGGAGGGUUAAUGUCUUUCACCUCUGAGUCCAGAGAAAAAGAUGUGAGAGGCAAGAUACAGAGCCCGCUGAUCAGAAAAGGGGAAUCUGCUCCAGUGAACCUCAGCUUUGAUCCAGUAAUCUAUUAUUUAGCAACAGCAAGGUACAAGAACACCUCUUUCCUCCCCCCUGUAGAGUACAGUGGCCAUGACCAUUACUUACAGUGCCACGGUGUGUGUGCUGGGGACGACACCAUCUUGGAGACACAGGCCAUCUUAUGCCUGUUAACAUGUCCUUAUCUGCAGCCUUGCUGGUGCAAUACGGUGUCCAACAGCUCUGGUCCAUGGGCAGUGGGAGAUAAGGCAAAGCUGCAGAUACUGACACCAAAUUAAUUUCCUGUCUUAGGGAAAAGGUUGCCAUACAUGACAGCAUGGCAAGUAUUUCUUUCAAUGUCUUCAGCCAUUUCAGAAGAUACCCAAGGAAUGAUAAGUCAGUCCCCUUGAGCACUUUGGAGGCCUGUGUUAGCAGAGCACAGUAGCUGGGGGAGACAAAGCUCAGGUAGUGUUGAAUAAGGCUGAAAGUAGACAGUUCAGUUUCCCCUGUCUGAUUAACUUAAAAAUGUUGCUUUUUUUUCAGUCUAUCCAGCAGCUGCAUGGCCUCUACCAUGUAUGCUAAUACUUGUUUAAUCCCCCUGCAGUCCAGCAUCCUCCUGCAAGGAGAAAUAAAAAACCCAACCCACAGUAAGUACCACUAAGAUAUACAGGGAGGGCUUAGCAUUUUUAAGCAAGAAUGUGGUUUCCUGUAUCCAAAAGGGGCUGUUUGUUUAGAUUACUAUUUCUGCACACAGUCAAUACUUUAAGUACACUACGGUGCUGUGCCUCCUCUUGCAGUUGCUGGAUAAUUUUUCUCAGAGGAAAUCCUCCAUCAUGGUUGUACAGUUUCCGUUGCUGAGCCAUGGGCUUCUGAAGUUGUGUGGGCUGUUGUCCCUCCCUCCUGGGCACAGAUGGACCUGUCUUGCUGCAGUUCCAGAGAGGGAUAGGAUCCAUGUGAACACAGGUUAUGGAAAUUUCUACAACUGUCACAAGCUCCUUUUCACCUACCAGAGGAGAAAAGUUGCUUCAACCAAGCUUUUCCAUUGAGCCUUAGGUAUUGUGUAUUUCCAAUUGAAUGGUGCAUUUACCGUUGUAUGUAAAUGUAUAUAGUAUGCAAUAUAGUAUUUUAUUUCAUGUGCCCUUGGAAAGGGUUAUUUUGUGCAGCCAAAAAAAAAAAGGACAAAGACUAGAAACCCCUCUCUCAGUCCUGUUAGAGAGAAGAGCCCAACUUCCUGCACUGGAUCAUGUAUAGCAUCAUUCACAUUGAAUGAUAAUGAAGAAAUUCCUGGCUCUCAAAACUGAGCACAAGUGUCUGAAUAAAGGCUAGAAGUAGUAGUAAGUGGAUUCAAUAAAUGUACUACUUAUUUUU